UAUUCUGUAGAAUUAAAAUCCCUACGUGCAGGUGCUGCCGCCGCUGCGCGUGCCCUCGCUCCGGGAGCUCGACGUGGCCGAUUGCAAGCUCCGCGCCGUGCGCGCGCACGUGUUCGCGCAGCAGGCCAUGGCCGGGCUCACCCACCUGGUCGUCAGCGGCAACCCGGACCUCACGUACUUCCUGCCGCCGGGCGCCCCGGACACCGUCGAGCAGCUCACGCAGCUCACCAACGGCACGCCGUCGUGGUCCUCGUCGCUGCAGGUGCUGGAGGCCGAGGGCUGCGCCCUGCAGGACGUGUCGUUCCUGGCCGCGCUGCCCAACCUGACCGAGGCCCGCCUCCGGGGCAACCGCAUCUCGACGCUCGAGCCCCUCGGCCUGCUCUACAACGGCGCGCUCCUCCACCUGGACAUGGCCGACAACAAGCUGGAGGAGCUGCCCGCCGACGCCUUCACGGGCACCGAGCGGCUCAAGGACCUGGACUUGUCCGGCAACCGCCUCGGCGCCAUCCACCCGGACACGUUCGCCAAGCACGGCGCGCUGCGCAACCUCAACGUCUCGCGCAACCCGAUCGUCUCGCUGCAGCUCAACGCGCCGGCCCUGCGGCGCCUGGACGCGUCGCACGGCGCGGUGCAGGCGCUGGUCGACGGCGUCCUGGACGGCACGCCCGAGCUGCGCCACCUCAACCUCUCCAACAACCCGCUGCCGGCGCUGCCCGACCGGCUGGCCAGCCCCGGCCUCGAGGCGGCCCUGCACACGCUGGACCUGUCGCUGUGCCGCCUCACGGACCUGAGCGUCACCUCGCUGGACGGGCUGCGCACGCUGCAGACCAUCGACCUCCGCGGCAACCGCUUCACGGACCCGCUCAAGGUGGACGCCUUCCGAGAGAACGACGUGCUCCAGAACGUCGAGCUGGACGACAACCCCUGGCGGUGCGACUGCAAGUCCAAGGACUUCCGCGACUUCCUGGAGUUCCUGAUGUCGCAGCCCGUCAAGGAGGACGUCACUAACUUGACGUGCCACAGUCCGGAGGCGGCCCAGGGCCAGACGUGGUACGACGCGUGCCUCGACCCGCGCAAGAGCUCGCUCGCCUCCAUGGACACGUGGAUGUUCGUCAUCAUCCUGGCGUUGUGCGUGGCCGUGGUGACGGCCGGCGUGUUCUCGGUGCGUAAGCUGACGCGCGGCAAGGCGCAGCGGCGGCAGCUGCAGCAGCAGCAGCAGGAGGAGGAGCAGCGCGCCUGCGACCAGGAGGCCGCGCGCCGCCGCUUGCACCGCCGCAUGCAGCUGGACCAGCAGGAGCAGCUCCGCCGCCAGAACCUAAGGAAAAACAUUGGACAAAACCCAAGCAUUGAAAAUACACUUGAAAUGUCUGAAUGUAAACCUAUGGUCGCCAAGCACCACCAGAAAUAG